CCUGAUUUGCCCCAGGUUAAAAGAAGAGGUCUCUUCAAUAAUCCCCGAUUCAAGCGCCCUGCAAGUCUAGUUGAAAAUUUCCCAACGUCCAUCUUCUACACCAUUCGAUCGAUCAGUUUUGAUGCAUACAAUUGGUUAAUUGCAUCGCCGUUUCAGGGAGCGGGGGAGGUGAAAAACUAGCACUAAAUAGCCAUUUCCUGUUCCUGAAUGGCAUUCAUUCUGCAACGAUUGACGGUAUAAUCGUUGCUGAGCUUGCUCAUUAUGCCUAGCAAUGAGAGGACGCUGGUUGUUCGACGGCAUUUAGAGGUACAAAAGAGAUUGCAUCUAUCUCCUUAUAUGAUUACUGCAGCGACCGGAAACAUCAGAUUGCCACUGAGCACAAUGUACGACUUUUGCCUGAAACCGUGCGCCGUGUAUAUUACAACUCCACUGGGACCCGCAAAUGCAGGCCAUGAGCACCUCCUCUGGAUCUUCAAUUACUUUUGCAAGAAGCUCGAUAUGAAGGCCGCUCUCGCAGAUGACUCAGUUUUGAUAGAUGCGUUUCCUUGCAAACUUCUUGCCUGUUGGUCGCCUAGCAGUCCUCAAGAUGUAAACCAGAUCCUACAGAUCCACCGAAGUGUCUGCUCUCAAAUCGAGGAUCGACAAGCUGUGCUCAAUGCAGAAGACGCCUUGGUACCGGGUGUAGAUAGCAGUCGACACGGGGAGUUCUAUCUUCAUCCGCUUUUUCGUUCUAUUUGCAUUAUUAUGGAUCGUCUCGACUGGCAGGAGCCUGAAAUACAGGUACUUCGUACCGGCGAGGAUGAGCAUCUACGCAUUGGACCAAUUGAUUUUGACCCAUUAAGGUUUGCCUUUUGGAUCAGUGAUGACGGUGAUGUCCUUCGGGGAAGCUUUGGGAAAGUCAUAUCAUUGAUCAUGGAAUGGAAACUUCGUGAAGAUGACGCUAGAAGAGAAGUAGAGGAGCCUCAAGAAGCAGAAAAUGACUUUUAAUGCUUGAUGCUUUGUAUUGAUACCCAACGCUGGAAUUGCAGCUGACCAACAAA